CAAUAGGACUAUUGGUCACGAGCCUUUGUUGACAACAUCGUGACUACUCAGAUGAAACGUCAAAAGGCUCAAACUCUCGACGCGCGCCACAACCAGAAUGUUCGAAUCGGCCUCUCAAACCUAGAAGAAAUGGGAUUCAUCAUCAGCGCCAAUGACGAUUCUCAUUUCUGAAGAUUCCCUGCCUUCCUGCCUGCUGUAUCUCCUUCCAAAAUCGCGUGUUGCUGUCCGAAACCAUGCACAGCACGAGAGUGCGACGAGAGAGAGUUAGCAUCUUGUGAUCCGAUAAUCUCGAAAUGCUGCUCCUGAAUCUCCCGGCAGAACUGCUCGAACACAUACUGUACUUUCUCGCUCCCGACGCAUUCUAUCUCAUCCUCUUCGUGUGUCGGCACCUGCGUCACCUCGCGUCAGGGUCUCAGCCUCUUCUGCUGCACCAGCUGUCUCGCAUCUCACCUUUCAAGAGCCCGCUGCUGCAAGGAUCGAACGACCGAGAUGCACUCUUUGCAACCUUCCAAGCCCUCGCGCGUCAUCAUCUCCUGGGCGUCGACGUGCUUGCUCAGCCUCAAAUCCUUGCCAUCACUGAGCGACUCAACGUGAGCGAAACCCUGUUCCUCUCAUCCGGCAGUUCCCUGAAAACCGCCAUCUGCUUGAAAGGCACAGCGGAAGUCUAUCUCUACGAGCUGAGAAGCAGCCACACGCCAAAGUUUCUCGGCGGGAUGAAAUAUGAGAACGGGCUCAUCGACCGGGCGCCAUACGGGGACCCUGACGGGAGCUAUGAUCUGAAAGGGGCAAGAUGGGAAGUAACGCGAAUGGCAUUUGCGAAUAAUCCAGCCUCCAAAAGCAAGCAUCAUAGUAACUCAUCAGACCUACUCUGCGUGCUCUACGAGAAGACACAACCUUUUAACCCUAAAUCUCACAAACGGUACUCGCCAUUUGAUCAAGGACACCGCGAAGCCGUCAAGCACUACCGGCUCGUGGCCUACGACAUUACCCUCUGUCGAUCCUCCACAGACUCUGAAUACCAAGGCACGAUCCGCUGGGAGCGCAACAUUUCCAUGCGAGACGGCCACGAACCGCUCGCGCUCGCCAUCAGCCGGAGAGGAAUCGCUGCAAUAUCAUGGCGGUAUCUCUGGCGGGCCCAAAUCUCUCGCGUCUUUCUCUACACCCUGACCGACCCUUCCGAAGGUCCGGAAGAACUGCGUGCACAUCCUGGCCUGAUCCCACCGGGUCUAACCGCACGUCUGGAAUUCGUCAUGGAUUCGUCACGCCUGAAUCUCUACCCGCAGCGGUUUCCCAUCUUCGAGUCCUUCUGCGGCGCAUGCAAACCAGCCGAUAUCCAGCGCGGCUUCUGCACCCUCACCAUGAACGCCCUAGCCGGCGAAUUCGACCUGCAAGUCGGCAUGCCCUUUGCCGGAAUACACAAACAUUCAGUUUCUACUGGUAGUGGUAGUGGUACUAUUGGCGGUACUAUUGGUGGCGGACUAUGCAGAGAUCUCUGUCUCAUGCUCGGUUUCAAAUGGACCGCACGCGGCCCCGCAGCCUUUCUCGUGCGCGGUGUCCGAAGCACCACGUCUUCCAACCCCGCCGUCCCGCCCGAGGCGCACCAAGUCAACCUGAACCGGCCUGGAGACGAGUGGAACUUCCGACCCGUCUCGCGCCUGCGCAAGUUCGUUCAGGGAAGUAGUUCACUCGGCACGAUCAUGAUCACGUCGCCCCAGGGCACGCGCAUCGCCAUGAGCUACUGGGCUGCUCAAAGAUCGUGUGUUCUCAUCUGGACCCUCACGCCGCAGGAUAUCCUCCAGGUCGUCACGAAACCGCCCGUCUCGAAUUGUCCGUAUCCCGACUUCAUCCCGCUGGAUCCAGUGCUCUUGCGCGUCGAUGCCGCCGUCCACCGCUUGCAUUUUCACGAUGAGUAUUCCCUCUGGGCAGCUUCCGAUCGGGGGCUCGUCUACUGGGAUUUGAAACCAGAUCUUUUUUCACCGAAGCCGCUACGACAAAUGGCGAUACGUUCGAGGAAUUGACUGGCGAGCUGGCGGCGGGAAGGUGAGGGGGUGGGGGGGAGGGAGUAAGGGGGUGGGAGAGCGGGGGAGUGUUUGCUGUGUUCCUUUUUUUUUGUUUGUUUUUUUGAUUCCCCAAAUCCUUCAACACCGAGGAUGCUCAUAGAUGCUCAUAGAUGCUCAUACGACGAUGCCAAAAUAGACUACCUUUUGGUAAUUGAAUGAAAAAAUAUUAU